AUGGCUUUCCCAGGAGGCUCCUCUUUUGGACCUGGCUUCACGGGUCCUUCUUCAAACGGACUUCUUCUCACCUCCACCGAGACCAUGGGACAGCCUACAGCUGGCCUGGGCCUAGGCCAUGGCCUGGACCAGAGACCCAUCACUAAUCUUAAUCAGGAAACAGAACUGCAGAAGAUGUUGACCGAUGAAAGGAUGAGAGGAGAGAUGCACAAGACAAAUUAUCAGAUGCUCAAGGCCGAACACACAAAAUUGCAGGAUGAGAAUAGCCGGUUACAGAGGGAACUUGAUCAGGUUACAUCGGAUUGUCAGGUCAUGGAGGAGAGACUUCAAGAUGCAGUCAACAGAACUAACAGGGAACUGGCAAUCAAAUGUGCUGAACUGGAUGAAUUCAGGGCUCAGGCUCUUACAGCAGACAAGUUGGAGCUGAUCAAACUGAAAGUAGCCGAAGAUCUUGAGCAACCGUUCCGAGAACGUUUCACCGAGCUGGAGCAAGAUGUUGAGCAUUAUAGGAGUGAAUUCAACAAGCUGCGUUACGAACAUUCGUUCUUGAAAUCAGAGUAUGAACAUGAACAAACAGAGCAUAAGAGAGUGGUGGAAGAAAUUAAGAUGCAGUAUGAAACAGAGAUAAAGAAUCUUCAUAGAGACAAGGAAGCUAUUGUAGCCAAAUACAGUCAGGAGAACUCGCAUGACAGCGAUAAGGUCAGAACUCUGUACAGGGACAAUGCACAACUCAACCUCAAGGUCAAAGGUCUCCUAACAGAGUUGGAUGAGAUAAGAGCUCAGAGAGAGCAGUCGGGUCUUCAGUCAGAUCAUGUAUCAAGGUUACAAGCUAGACAACUAUCAGAACAUGCUACAACUAUCAAGGCUCUUCAGAGCGAGAAGGAGUCACUCCAGCUCCACAUGGAGCAGUUGACCAAGGAGCUAGGGAUCUCUCAGGACACACAUCGGAGCCUUACCACAAAGACGCACGACCUGGAGAAACAGACCAUGGAGCUGCGGAACCGCAUGGAGGAGACCCUACACAGACACAAGAUGGAGAUGACAGAUCUUAAGAUGGCUGCCAUGAAGACUAAGGGAGAGCUGGAGAGGGAAAAGGAUGGACUUGUCAAUGAACUGGAAGGUCUGAAAGGCAAACACGAGGUACUAGAGAAGUCCCUUGAGGUCCAGACUAACGCCGUUGCUGACAAAGAGAGAGAGGUGGCUAGAAUGCAAUCAGUCAGGGAAGAAGAAUGGGAUAGGAUUAACAAACUGGAAGAAGAAAAGUUAGAAUUAGAAGGUCGACUACAGGAAGUCGAGAGGUUAAAGAUUGAUGAAGAAUCGCAGAGAUACGCAGAGAGAGAAAACGGGCAAGAGAGAAUCCGAGAAGCUGAGAAACGAUGUGAACAAGCUGAAAGAGAACUACAGCUUACAAAAACCAAGUUAGAGCAUCAUAAUACAAAGAUGAAGGACCUUGAGCAUGAGCAAACCAUCAGCACACAGAUGAGAGAGAAAUGUGCUAGAUUAAAGGCUGAAUUGCAGGACACACAUGCAGCAGAGCAGGACCUCAUGAUGGAAAAUGAUAAUAUCAAAGCAUCUUUGGAGAUGUGUCAGAAUGAGCUAGUCUUGGCCAAGGCCGCAAUAGAAAAAGAGGCAGAGCUGUCCAAUCAGAGGCUGUCCCAGCACAAGAUGACAUGGCUAGAUGAGAAGACACAGCUUGAACGAAGACUAGAUGAUCUGGAAGGUCAGGCAAGGCAAGCUCAGAAGCAGAGAGAUGAUACUACCAAUGCCCAUGCAAAGAGAAAGCAGAAAUAUCAGAAAGUUGUCAACAAGCUUCAAGAUAAAAUGCAACUUCUGGAGGCAAAAAAUGAAGAACUGGAACUGGAAAAACAAGCUUUGAAGAAUCAGAUACCCAAAGAGACGUACACCAAGGCAGUAAGAAAGUUAAGAGAACUCCAGCGCAGGCACAAUGAAUUCCGCAACAUCCUGAGUUCAGCCAACGUGACUCAGGUACCCGGAGGUGGGAUGUCUUUCAUGACUGCAUCUAUGGCCCAGCCACUGGAUGCAUCUAGUCCAUAUAAAACUACACAGCCGAACCGGUUUAAAAUUCCACAAAUCCAAAUACAUCAUCCAGUAUCAACAGACAAGAAGGGGCAUCAUCAAGAUUUAGCGGUGAUCCGGAGUCGCCUUGAGGAGCUGAGUGACAACCAGAGGUUACAAAUGGAUGCCCUCCUAGGGGGAGGGGGCGGUGGAGGGGUGGGGAGCGUACCCCUUACAGCUCGGUCAGAGAUGGACAAAGAGAAUGAAGACCAUGUACUAUCCCCAGAAGGGAGUGGAAUGGACGUUCUGGAUCUUUGAAAGCAAUUUUGAUAGCAUCGAGGAGCUUAUUGACAAUCAGAUGUUUCAAAUGGAUGGCCUGUUAGGGAGACAGUUGUUGGAGGGGUGGAAAUUAUACCCCUUGUAGUCUGAUCGGAAAUGAAUAACAAA